AUGCGAAGAGCGCGUGGACUUCGGGUAUCUUCUACCCGCGACAUCUGCAUCUUUUGCGCCACUCGUCAACUGGCAGUUGCGCAUACGCUCCCCCCAUCUUCAGACUCGACGCAGCGGAGGCAAUUGAACUCAUCUAGUAGAUCCCCUCAAUCAGCCGAAGGAAUCAUCUACCAAGAUGCGAACCCACCCGCCCGGCCCGUCUCACAGGCAGCGCGAAUGCGACAAGCGCUGGCGGCGAGCGCUCCAUACACGCAACCCGUGCAGCCACAGGGAGGCUAUGUGUCACCGGCCCAGAGAAUGAAACCAUCCUUGGGUCAGCAAGCUCCGCAAGCGCAACGGCAGCCUCCCCUCGAACGAAGGCCGAUGAACAGAGGGGGUGUCUUUGAAGCACCUGGCCGCCAUCAGAACAGGGACAGAUUCGCCCCUCUGGGACGAAGAGAUGGUAGCAAAGAGCGGUCAUCGGAAUACAGACUUCCGCCAAACAAUCGAUUUAAAGUCAACAUGGACUCAAGACCGCAAGUGAACACCCCAGCGUUCGGUUCUGCACAUCUGAGGCGGCGGAACGAGCCACAACCGGAACGCGCGCAGUUUGGCUUGGACGAGCGACGACCGCCGCCAGUGUCGAGGCCUGCUCCCCGGAGAAGUAUGCUAGAUCAAGACGAGAUAGCCAAAUUACUAGGAGAUACCGCCACUACUAGCAGUCGCCCGUCGAAGCCAUUUAAGCCCUUCGCAAAGGACACAGAUGCACAACGGAAAUGCUGGCAUUGUGGAUCGAUAGACCACAUGAGCACUGCCUGUCCGAGGAAGCCGACGCUACGUGAGCAGCCAGACCAGCAACAGCGAAAAACAAUGUACCGGCCACCACAAUCUCAACGUCACGAAGAAUCAGUUGCGGACGCGGCAGAGGCUUGGGCAAGGAAACAAAAGGGUGGCAUGCAAGUGGAAAAGCCUUCUCAAGUCCAGGACAACGAGGAUCGGAGAGGUCGUAACGUGGAACAAGAUCGACGACGGAGUCGAUUCGAGUUUAACGAGCCUGUGGAAGUCAAGAACCGGUACGAAGAGCCAGAGCGGCGGAAGGGAGGCUAUCGGGGUCGCCGUGUGCAACAGAACGAGGAAGAGGAAGAUGAUCGCCCGCGCGUUAAUAAACAGGAGCGCAAGCGGAUGCGAGCAGAAGCAAAGAAGGCUGCACAGAUUGCAAAGAACGACCCUGUCCCUAUUUCUCUACCAGAGUACAUUAGUGUGGCCAAUCUUGCUGGGGCCCUAAGGCUGAGGGUCGAAGACUUCGUGCAUAAGCUGGAAGAGCUAGGUUUCGAAGAUGUGCAAAAUGACCAUAUCCUGAACGCGGAGCACGCUGGUCUCAUUGCGCAGGAGUACAACUUUGAGCCCGUUUUUCAGGCCGAAGAGGAUGACGGUGAUUUGUACCCCGCACCAGCAGUUGAGCCUGAGGUCUAUGCCGAGCUGCCUGCUCGACCACCGGUUGUCACAAUCAUGGGUCACGUUGAUCACGGCAAGACUACGAUUCUUGACUACAUGCGCUCGACGAGCGUUGCUGCUACCGAGUUCGGUGGCAUUACACAGCACAUCGGUGCAUUCAGCGUGCCACUAGCGAAUGGCAAGAAGAUUACCUUCCUCGACACCCCCGGCCAUUCUGCCUUCGAGACGAUGCGCGCUCGUGGUGCCAACGUCACCGAUAUCGUUGUAUUAGUUGUUGCAGCUGAUGACUCGGUCAUGCCACAGACUGUCGAGGCUAUCAAGCACGCUCAAGCAGCCAAUGUGCCUAUGAUUGUUGCUAUUAAUAAGAUAGACAAGCCGCAAGCCGACAUAGACGCUGUCAAGCUCGACCUUGGUCGCCACGGUAUCGAAAUAGAAGACUUCGGCGGCGACGUUCAAGCAAUCUGCGUUAGUGGAAAGACUGGACAAGGCAUCCCCGAGCUUGAGGAAGCGAUCACAACACUCUCCGAAAUGCUCGAUCAUCGCGCCGACCCUCAAGCAGCCGUGGAAGGAUGGGUACUGGAAGGUACGACCAAGAAGUCCGGUCGCGUAGCCACCGUCCUAGUCCGCAGCGGUACCCUUCGGCAAGGCACGGCUCUCGUUGCCGGCACGACAUGGACGCGCGUACGCAGCUUGCGCAACGAAGCUGGUGUCGUGGUCGAGGAAGUUGGGCCCGGUGUAGCUGUCGAGGUGGACGGUUGGCGCGAUCAGCCUAUUGCCGGCGACGAAGUCCUACAAGCAGCCCAUGAACAACAAGCGACCUCGGUUUCUAACCUUCGCACCGAGAAGGUAGAAAGAGAACAGAUGGCGCGCGAUAUGGAUGCCAUUAACGAAUCACGCCGUCUCGAAGCUGAUCGUCGCGAAGCCGAAGAAGCUGCUGAGAAGGCUGUUGCAAAUGGCGAAGAGGCGGUAGUGGAAGAGACCAAGGUAGCAGGACCGGAAGUCGUGUCCUUCAUCGUCAAAGGAGACGUCUCUGGCUCCGUGGAAGCAGUAGUCGACUCCAUCUCUGCCCUCGGCAAUGGAGAAGUGUCGGCCCGCAUUCUGCGCCACGGUGUCGGCCCGCCUUCAGAAUUCGACAUCUCGCACGCUGCCGAUGCGCAAGGGCACAUUAUCAACUUUAAUACCUCAAUUCCUAACCAUGUCGCUAAGCUUGCUGAGGAGAAGGGCGUCAAGAUCCUGGACAGCAAUAUCAUCUACCGCGUCGUGGAGAAUGUGAGGGACCUGCUAAGCGAAAAGCUGAAGCCGAAGGUCAUCCAGAAAGUCACGGGCGAAGCUGAGAUUGCUGCUGUCUUUGAAAUUGGUCUCGGGGGUAGGAAGACAAUGAAAGUCGCUGGCUCCAAGGUUCGCAAUGGGCUGGUUGACAAAGGGACCAAGGCGAGGGUGCUCCGUGGUGAGAAGAUUGUUCACGAUGGCAUUAUUAGUUCUCUCAAGAACCAAAAGAAGGACGUCGAGCAAAUGCGUAAGGAUACCGAGUGUGGUAUCUCGUUUGACCAGUGGGAAGACUUCAAGAUAGGUGAUCGGGUUCAGUGCUACGAGGAGAAACAUGAGAAGAGGACUUUGUAA